AUGGCCCGUCCUCGCUCGUCCCUGCUUCUUAGAGUGGUCGCGGUGGCGCUAGUCCUUUCCGCUGCGCCGUCCACGCUCGCCGGCGACCCCGACUACCUCCAGGACCUCUGCGUCGCCGACCUCAACUCCGAUGCCAAAUUGAAGGCAGGAUUUGCACAGUUGGCUGGGCAUUGUCGCAUUGAAGCCGUACCACCCAGUGCAUUUCUGUUAUGCGCUUUUUUGUCGUUGUGCUUUGGCGUAGGAUGGAAUCCACGUUUGGUGGAGCUCGUCUCCAAGACCAUCGCCCAGGGCGACGUCUUCGCUUUUCCGAGGGGCCUCGUGCACUUCCAGAAGAACACCGGCGCCGAGCCCGCCGCCGUCAUCUCCGCAUUCAACAGCCAGCUCCCCGGCACGCAGUCCAUCGCCACGACGCUCUUCGGGGCCUCGCCUGAGCUGCCUGACGAAGUGCUCGCCAAGGCGUUCCAGAUCCCCGACGAGGAGGUGGACAAGAUCAAGGCCAAGUUCGCGCCCAAGAAGGGCUGA